UGUUCAAAUUUUCUUGGUCGUUUUUGUUUCUUUUAUUGUGCUUGUAUCCGUUUGUUAUCCUUAUUGGUUCUGGAACAACGAUUCAGAUAUUGAGUGGAUACGAGAGCAGCAUUGUAUGGACUUCAGUUGCCUCCCGAGAAUGAUCACGAGUUGGAAAGAAUUAUUCUUUUUGUCACACAGUGCUGUGAUUCCAAAUUUUCCUGAAGGAAUUUCUGGUUGGAAGUUAUACUUACAAGGUGGAAUACGAGGCAAGGAGAGCGAGAUAGAACCAGUGACAAUUCAAGAAAUAAUUUCCAAGUUGCCCGUUAGAGAAAAAGAGUUCACCUUGUUAUGUAUUGGAGCAACAGAUAGUUGGUCUGCUAUUGGAAACGCGAUAUGGACUGGAGUAACAGUGCUAGAAAUUAUACAAAUGAGGAAUCUUCAUUGGACUACAGAUUGUGAUUAUGUUGAAAUGAAAGGUAGAGAUGGUUAUAUUGCAAGUAUUCCAUUGGAAAAUUUAGAUAACUUGUGGUUGGUUUGGAAAAUGAAUGGUCAGUGGUUGUCCCCAGAACAUGGCUUUCCAGUUCGAAUCAUUGCGACUUCCUAUUAUGGAACGAAGAAUGUAAAGUGGAUCGAGAAAAUAGAGUUUCUUUCUCAAGCCCAACAUCAGAAGGAUAUUUUCGAGCUACAAGGAUGGCCUGCUGAACAUAGGAUACGUCCAGUUAGCUUUAUCUACUAUCCUGGCCAAUUUAGCAGAAUUGCUGGGUCUAAAGGAAAAAGUACUUUACGAAUAACAGGAAUCGCCUAUUGCGGAAGUCAGGAAGUGCAGAAUGUUUCGGUAGCUUACGAUAGGGUUUAUGGCGAUUACAGAGAUUGGAAAUCACAGUAUUCUGGAAAGAUUUUUGAGAACGUUUCCUGGAUAGCUGCUGAAAUUGUUCGAAGAGGCACAGUUGACGUUUGGAGUUUGUGGAAAAUAGAUAUAUCUCACGAAUGGAAAGGAGUUUUUCAGGUUUUCUCUAAAGUUCAAUGCGUUAAUGGAAUGGCAACAGAUGAAACUUGGACAAACGACUUGGGUGGAUGGCAUGGGAGUUGGCCUCUUUCGAGCAAAACAAUACCUUUUUAUUUUUAUGUCGGCUUCAGAAGAGAAGGAAUCUUCUCGUCCAGUAAACCCAAAAAUUCGUAUUUUGAAUUAUUGCCGUGGUUUACUACACGCAACGCAACAUAUCCAUCCUUACACAAUAUGCACAAUUCUGGCUUUUACGAAAUUCUGCUAGAUAUCUUGUCAUCCGAAUGAGGAAUGCACAAGCGUUACUAAGUACUGGACUCCUUGUCGAAAGGGGGAAAUUCUCAAGCGAAUAGCUAAUGUGAAGCGAAGUAUAAGUGUGAACUAUCCAGCUACAACCAUUGUGUGUCUUUUGCUACCAGCAGUAUAAAAACUACAACUGGUUA